CGUCAAUGGAGGUUGGUAUAAUAAUAGGUUUCUGUAGGUACGAAAGAAAACCCUAUUUGCGCCGCAUCUCUCUCGUCUUCCUUUACGCCGUCAAAACCAUGUUUCUAAGUCAGUGCCGGAGCUGUAAACCUUUGCUCGAGUCUCGUCUACCUUUGCUCCGCCUCUCUCUCUCUAAAUGUCUCGAUCAGUCCUUCAAAACCACGGCUAGUAGCGAAUACGGUAGUAAGAUCCCUGAUGCUCUUCUGGGACAUCGACGACUAGAAGAUCAUAAGGCAAGUGUGCUUUGGGACACCGAGAAGGUUCCCAUUCCAAAAUCGGUGGAUCUUGUUUUUUGUCAGGCAAUAUUAUGCGUUCCCUACAAAAAUGCAGUUUUUUGUAUCGAGCUCAAGCGCGUACGAGAAGGUGAAGAAGAAUUCAAUCAUUCUCCUUUUAUACUUUUUGUGUACAUUGUUGGGUAACUUGAUCUGCGUAAAAUGGUUUCAGGCUCGAAAGGAAAGGAUCAUUCGAGAGAUAUAGCUGUUUUAACUGGCAUGGGGGUGUGGAUUGCUGUCAAUCGUGAUGUAUCAUCAUCGAUAAUGCCAAUCUCAGAUAGUAUCUAUGAUUUUGCUGUAGACGAGUUUAAGAAGGUGAAUCAUUAUGUUCUUUGGAAAAAACUAUCAGCUAAGGGCAAGCCUAUCGCCCAGACCAGAAGAUACUCUAAACGUUGAGACCAUAUAUACUUGGUUCUCUCCAUGCUAAUGUCCUUUUGUUCUCUGUCUAGAGGCGGCUUUAUCUGUCUCUGUGUAAUGAAAACAUUCACGUUUCAUCUUCCUUUUGUUCUAAAUGUGUGUCUCUGUGUAAUAAAAGUCGACGUCUCAUCUUCAUUUUGUUCUAAAUGCAUCUUCCUUUUGUUCUAAAUGCGUGUCUCUGUGUAAUAAAAACAUGGACGUUUCAUU